AGAUGGGGAGAGCCGUGGUGUUGGCACUCUGUAGCCUGUUGUUGCCGGUACCAUGCACUCCACUCUAUCCAGCAUUACAAUUUGGACAGCAAGCAACGGCUAUUCUGAUGAGCUCCUCCCUGGAGGAUCCAUUGCAGUUGCCUACAGACUACAGCUCUGCACAGAGUCAAGAUGUUGAAUAUAGGUCAGGGAGACAUGCUGAUGCUAUCUUCACCAACCGCUACCGAAAGGUUCUUGGACAAAUUUCAGCCAGGAAAUUUCUCCAGACAAUCAUGGGCAAAAGAGUUGAGCCAGAGUCUGAGACCUACAUAAAACGCCAUUUGGGCAUUUUCGAGGACACCUACAAACAGGACCUGGCAGCCAUAGAGAGGGAACAAAGUUACAGAAAGCAACAACUUACUUCGAAGGCUUAGUUCCCAGUGCAUUGACUGCAUCUGUGGAUGGACCACAAACAGCAAAUGUACAGGAGGUCAGCACAAGUAACCGGCUGCUGGUGGACAUCUAUUAAGUGUAAAAUACAGAAUACAUUUUUCCACUGUAGUACAUCAGCAUGUUUGUUGUUUUUUUUUCUUCCUGUGCUCAUAAAAUUAAAAUCACAACGAAACAUGAAUUAUACGAGUUCUCUUUUAAGAUCAAGACUUCAUCACAAAUGUUUACCAGAUGGUGGGCAGAAAAGAAUCUUUGAUCCAAGUGUUUCUGUAUUUUAUUUGUUUUCAUUACAAAACCAUCAUUUGCUGAGCUGAUGUUUCAGUGUGGUACAAGCUGUAAAAUGCACAAAAUGUUUCAUUGUUUAAUAAACUUUACUUGGGAACACAAUCCCACAUAGCACAGAUGACUUCUGGUGAUGGGUGUCUGCUUAAAAAGGUAAAUCUGAAGACAAGUUGAAACCCUUGCUAAAGAAUAACUAAGGAACAGAUCAGGUAGAAGGACAAAGGAAGAAUGUUUACAGCUUUACAGGACAACACCACUGGCAUUACAAACCUGAACGAAACAAUCAAUGAAACAGCCACAAUGUUACAGUGCAUUUAAUUAUCCCCUGGAAAGAAAAAAAA